AUGCCCAACUUCGCUGGCACCUGGAAGAUGCGCAGCAGCGAGAAUUUCGACGAGCUACUCAAGGCACUGGGUGUGAACGCCAUGCUGCGGAAGGUGGCUGUAGCGGCUGCGUCCAAGCCGCACGUGGAGAUCCGCCAGGACGGAGAUCAGUUCUACAUCAAGACGUCCACCACGGUGCGCACCACUGAGAUCAAUUUCAAGGUUGGAGAAGGCUUCGAGGAGGAGACAGUGGACGGACGCAAGUGCAAGAGUUUAGCCACUUGGGAGAAUGAGAACAAGAUCCACUGCACACAAACUCUUCUUGAGGGGGAUGGCCCCAAAACCUACUGGACCCGUGAGCUGGCCAACGAUGAGCUCAUCCUGACGUUUGGCGCCGAUGACGUGGUCUGCACAAGAAUUUAUGUUCGAGAGUGA